UUACGAGAAAAGACGAGAGCAAGGAGUGAUAUUUUUUUUCCAAGAUGGCUGCGCCCAUCAGACUUGCGGCCACCCAACUUUCACGAAGAGUUUACCCGCUUUGGCAAGCAGUUUCUCAACAGAGAAAGCUAACGACGCAGCUCCAGGCUCGAUGGACCACUUCAGUCUGCCUACAACAGACAAGGGGCCUGUCCAGAACACGAGUAGUAAUGUGUGAGGCUGAGGAACAGCAUGAUGAAGGAGGAUCAAAGGAGUCAAAACUUCCCGUGGUAACCUGGGAGGAGAGUGUCAGAUAUCUGCAGUCAUCAGAAUUUGCUGAGCGUUACAAGGAUAAGGAAGUCUGGUGGGACUAUGUACGGAACCACAAAGGAAGUGUGCCACCCCAGAAAACUCGGAGAACAUGCAUUAGAGGAGGGAGGAUAUCCACUGGGAACCCCUGUCCUAUCUGUAGGGAUCAGAACCUAGUCAUAGACUACAGGAAUGUCAAGCUUCUACAGCACUUCAUCUGUCCUCAUACUGGAGAACUUCACAAUGUUCUCAGAACAGGUGUUUGCCGGAAGAAGCACAAACGGUUGGUUCGAGAAAUUGAAAAGGCUAGAGACCAUGGCCUCCUCCCCUUCACAGUGCCACAUAAGGAGUAUGAUUAUGAGGAGUAUUUCAGGAAACAUCCCUCCACUGCUACUGUCAAGACAGGCUAGUCUUUCCUGCAUCAUCAGACAGUACCUUAUUACUAAAAGUAAAAUAUGCCAAUGUUAAACAUUUCACUGUCAGUGAAGUUAACAUCAUCACUGGCAAGGGGCAACAAAUUACAAUAUUGGUGAGGUUGAUGGCAUCACUAUUGAAACUGUAACAUUAUUGAAAUGUUGUAAUAAUAAGUUCAGGCAAGUAUUUAACCUCCUUGGUUCAGGGUGAACCAUGUAGUUUUGUACCACCUAGCAAAUUUACUUCGAACUGCAGCAAGGCAGAAGUUCCUGGAGAACCAGUCUCUAUCUGCUUUAUAUCACAUGUACCGGUAUUGUUGAAUAACGAAGAGAACUUGGGUAGACUUUAGACAAUGUCUUGGUUUAUUCUCCUGAUUUAGUACAAAAGAAUAAACGAAAAGUUACAGAACUGAACUGAUAUGUACGAACACUGGAAUAUAUAAUGACAAAUACAUGUUUCUCUUUAGCUCUGACUUGCGUAUUGUCAAAUAUCAGCUUCUUUGGCACCCAGUAGUAUGUACAUUAUAUCUAGGAAGUGAAUAAAGACACAGUAUUGCUUUUCAGAACACAAUGAUUUUGUCUUUUU